AUGAUCAACCUAACUGAAGAAGAGAAAUACUCUUCUUAUGCUAUGAAUGUAGCAAUAUAUGGUUAUUUUAAUCACCUAACAAAUGAUUACGAAUCAUCAUCAUCAUCAACAACAACCACUCUGUAUUCUACUGAUAUGACAAAUUUUUACAAUAAUGGUAUGAUGCAUGUUAUCACGGACCGUCUAUCUACUUAUUUAAAUGAUCAAAAUGUAUUUAAUCCAGAAGGUACAUAUAAUUCCACUGCAACAAUUAUUGGUAUAAUUAAUCAAUUUGCAAUUAGAAAAAGUACCAACAAAUAUCUGAUUCCAAAUAAAUUAAAUACUGCAGAUAUUAUUAUGAAAGUAAAUUCGAAUUCUAUUGAUCCUGAUCUAUUUUGUUUUGAUGAUUAUCCCGACUUCGGUCUUGAAUUAUAUCAAAUUUUAUUACAAGUUUUCAAGAUUUACCCUGAUUUAAUCCUUAAUUCAAAUAUAACAAUUCAAGAGAACUUGAAAUUUUAUAUCGAAAGAUACAUUGAUGAUCAUUUCUUUAAAGAUGAACAAGAUAGGUAUUCAGCUGUUAUUCAUGCUCGUGAACAAGUUUAUAAAGAAGCACAAAGUUUGUAUAGCAAUGGUCAAGAUAUAAAUUUGGAUAAAUUCGUACUUUGCUUUCUUUAUCUUUUGGAAAAUCAUUUGGAAUUAUUCUAUGAAAAUGAUCUUUCUCAAGUUGAAACCACAAAGCAAACCGUUAACAAACUACGUGAACAAGGUAAUAAUCUAAUGAGUAAUUACGCGUACGGGCAAGCGAUUAAAGCAUAUACUCAAGCAUUAGAACUCUGUCCAAAAUCAUUCCCCAAUUUCCGCGACAUUCCUCAACUCCACACUAAUAGAGCAAUCGCAUUUAUUGGCCUCAAUUGUGUACCAGAAGCAAUUGAUGAUUUAAAUAUCGCAGUUGCCACAGAUCGUACCUUCACUCCUGCUUGGACUCAAUUAGGUUAUUGUCAUCUAUAUAUGGGAUCCGGACUACUUGCCCUAGAAUGCUAUCUUGUUGCCCUUAGAACCUGUGUUGGGGAUAUCAUACCCUUCAACUUCCCCCAAGAUUUAGUCUCACAAUAUCGUGACCAUAAAUUAAAAACCAUCCUACCACAAUUCAUAGAACGUCUAAGUUCUGCAAUCGCCCUUGCCGAGAAACGCGCCUAUCAACAAAACCAACCCGAAAGAGAAAUAAAACGAUUCGUAAGUGAAGUAAGAAAAAUCUUAGCCCAAUUAAGAGCAACGGGUCCAGAAGAAGAUAGGGAAUCAUUUACAUAUUUACCCCUUUAUCGUGAUUCAACAUUACGUACCAUGAGUGAACGGGCAAAUUCUCAACGUCCAAAUAUUUUAACUCCCGAAGUUAGUCAAAACAUAUUGGCAAGAUCUAGUGCUGGGGGAGGGGCAACUGGCACUGAGGGGGGUCCGACUGUGCGUGCAAUCCCCGUGGCUGCUAGUAUUAUUGAUACUCCCAGGAAUGAGACAGCAAGAGAUGGCAGAGGUGGUGGUUCGCCAGAAGCUGCUCGAGAUGGUCCCGGUAUUGGUGCUGCUGUUGCUGCUGCGGCUGCCGCGGCCGCACAAGCUGCUGGUAUGGAUCAAACAGCGGGGUUUCCACCAGGGGUAGGUACUACUACCACACAACUGACCCAACCUAAUUUUAGAGAUCUUUUAAACAAUUUCGGCGAUUUGAUGGAAGGUAGAAUCCCUCCUCCACCAGCUGCCGCAGGGGCAACAGGGGGUAGGAAUACUGGAGGUACAGGUAAUAGAGAUGGGUCUCCGGCUGCUGCGAUUGCGGAAACUAUAAUACAGGGUGUUGGGCAGGUUUUACCCGAGGGAAUUAGAGGGAUGAUUAGUUCUAUGACUGGGAAUGGUCAGAAUGCUAGGGUGUUUAUUGAUGGGAGGGAGAUUCCACUUCGUGGAAGUAGUUCCACUAAUAAUAAUAAUAAUAAUAAUGCAAAUGCAAAUGCGCAUAGCGGGGGGAAUAGAAAUGAUGGCUCCGAUGAUGUAGAUAUGGGCGAUGAUGACGUCCCUAAUGAUUUAGAUUGA